AUGACAGCCUCAGAUCAGCUUGACGUUCUCGUCAUCGGCGCCGGGAUUGCUGGUCUCUCGGCAGCCAUUGCCCUCGGGAAACAAGGGCAUCGCGUUGUGAUUCUGGAAAAGUCGGCUUUUUUAAGGGAGACAGGUGCCGCAAUUCAUCUGCCGCCGAAUUGCACUGCCUUGCUACGCUGGAUGGGCAUUAAUCCGGUUGAUUUCGGGGGUACAUUGCUUCAUGAGAUGCACCGAUAUGGAUUCGACGGGGAGUUGACGUACAAGAGAGAGUUCGCCGACACUCGUCAUCAUUGGCAAGCAGAGUGGUACCUCGUGCAUCGAGUUGAACUGCACAAUCACCUCAAGGAACGUGCCCUUGAAACCGCAACGCUGCACACACGGUGUAGAAUCACCCAGGUCAAUCUGGAAGGGACUUGCCCAUCCGUCACUCUCGAUGAUGGUCGCACUUUCAGAGCGGAUUUGCUCCUUGGUGCAGAUGGACUGCAUUCCCAGAUCCGCCAGAGUAUCGCCCCGGGAUCUCCCUCUCCAUACCCCGUCGGCAAGUCAUGCUUUCGUUGGCUUCUCCCCACAGAUCAAUUAAGACAACAUACAAGCACGGUGGGUUUCGUGCGAGACACGGGCGUGUUUAUUGAGUGGGCAUCUGAUGACCGGCGUCUCGUGGCUUACCCUUGCUCUGAUGGCAAAAUCCUCAACCUUUGUGCUUUUGUCCCUUCGAGUGAAAUUCAGGCAGAUAACCAAAGUGACUGCUGGCAGGCAGCUGGAGACAAGACCACAAUGGUCAAGGCCUUUUCUGAGUUUUCACCCGGUGUUCAGCAAAUCAUCGCAAGCGCGGACAAGAACCCCAAAGUAUGGGACUUGUACGAUAUGGAGUCACUGCCUACCUGGACUCGAGGCCGCGCUGCUCUUCUGGGAGACGCAGCACAUCCGUUCCAGCCAUACAUGGGACAGGGAGCAGCUAUGGCAAUUGAAGAUGCCGUCAGCAUUGCCACCUUGCUUCCUUGUGGUAGCACACCGCACGACAUCCCCAUGCGACUUGAACUGUAUCAAACAGGUCGUCGGCCACGGGUCGACCUUGUCCUCCAUUACACUCGAAUGAAUGGACGGGAUGAAAAUGAUGCAGCCGGCGAUAGAAUAUCAGUGGUAGGUGCGGAAAUGGCGAAAAUCAUGAAUAUUUGUUUCGAGCACAAUGAGAUCGAGCACUCUAAAAACUUGCUGCACGGUACAUCAGCAAAUCAAUAA